UAAUGUUUUCUCCAUCUUCAACAUAUUAUUGCUUUUCCAUGAACAGAACUUGAUGAGACUUAGAGAACUGAGAGUGGGUGGCACCACACACACACAAAAAGCAUCUAGAAAGCAUCUAGAGGACAGUAACCCUCAGGUCCUUCAUUAAACUACGGGGCAUUCCACACAAUAUGGCUUAUCUCAAUCAUCAGUGCCUCCUACUUGUAAUUAUUUUAAUGAAAUCACAAUCUAUGGCUAAGAGCUGCUCACCUGUAUCUGAGAUUGUGUCAGCUUCUCAAGAAGAAGACGUCGCUCUUUCUUGCUUCGACUCAAAAGCAAUGGGACAGGAAAGUUGCUACAGAGUCAAAUGGACGAAAUACGGAAAAGAUCAUCCCAAUCCCAAAGUCAUUCUCGUCAGGCCUGAAACACCCAAAGUACCGGAUGCUAAACGUGUAAAAUGGGAAGCUGAUGAAAAGGGACAAAUGUCUCUGUUACUGACAAAACUACAAAAAUCUGAUGAAGGACUGUACAGCUGUGAGGUCUGGCAUGGAUGGGAUUGUGUUUUGGCAAGAAAUAUCUCUCUAAAAGUAAAAGACUGCAAGACCCUUCAACCAGUGAAGACGACCCCUGGUGCACCAGUGAACUUGUACUGCUCAGUGAACCUGACGUCAGAUCAACAAACUGUGCAGAAUAUGACCUGGGUAAUGCUAAAAGGAGGCAAGCCAGUGUCACUCAGUGCACAAACUGUUCAUGUUUCUGGCAUAAUGUUGGUUAUCAAGUCUGUUACAGUCAGUCACAGUGGGUGGUACAGAUGUCAGUACACACUUGGACCGACUCAGCGCUGCUUUGACAUCAACCUUCUGGUCCAGGGUAUUUCUUCUUCAGAGGACAGUGUUGCUCAGGUCACCACAACAAAAAAGUCCACACAAGCACCGACAACUCGUGAAACUGUGUUAAAAACCAAACACGGCAGCGCUGAAGUGUUCAUUACAUUUGUAGUUCCAGUCAUUAUCGGAAUUGUCAUCAUCGGUUUAGGAACAGGACUGGUCUUUUACUGCAAAUAUAACAAAGAGCGAGUCACAGAGCAAACUCAGUGGAACCCAGAGAGUUUUACCACACAGUCGGGUGACACUUAUGAGGUUCAGGAGGAAACCAUCACCUUCACCGACCCCUUCUGCAAUUCUAUCACGAAUUCUACAAACCAAGAAGACAACAGGGUGUAUGAUGAAGUUCAGUGUGAUGAAAUGCUUACCUUCAAUUCUUAAGUAAUUGUCAACCAUCUCAAGAAGAGGAGUUUCACAUGAACAUACAGAAUCUGCUCAAUAAACCAAGAUUCAUACAAUUAUAUGUUGAACUGUUAAAGAAAACUGACUUUGGGAAAUUAUAUGUUUUUAAUUCAAUGAAUCAAUUGAACAGCCUGUGCCCUUACACCGGUGUUUUUCAACCUUGGGGUCGGGACCCCAAGUGGAGUCGCCUGGAAUUCAAAUGGGGUCACCUGGAAUUUCUAGUAAUUGAUCAAAAUAGAAAAGUUACCAAUAAAAAAUAUAUAGUGAAUUGAGAGAGACAAUCACAAUCCAUAAAAGACAUGACAAACUGUGAAGCUGAAACUGAAGCACUGUGGUACUGUAUCUGUCAAAUGAUCAUUGUUGCCGGUUUCAGAUGCUGCAGCUCUUUCAUAAUUCAUAGUUUGAGUUCUUGUUUGUUCAGUAUUAAUUGUCAACCUUGUAAAUCCAAGCUGGACUGACUGUACAUAUCCU